UCCACUCCCGAGGCACUGGAGUAGCCCCGGAGUCGCUGACGCCWUCCCUUCCCGCCUCUGGCUUGCAUGGAGCAUGCGCUUCCUCCCUCACUUCCUUUCCGGGAGGGAGCCGGAGUAAAGCUACGCCCUAGCCGACCCGCGGCUGGCCCCGCGUCACAGGAACUUCAGCACCCACGAGCGGACAGCGCUCUCUUCCACCUGGAGACCCGGCUCCCGAGCGCCCGAGUCCGUCAAUUCCCUUCACUCCGAGCGACGCCGAGCUCCCCAGGCCUCCGGUCCCUGCCACUCUCCCUCCCCGCACCCGCCCGCCCUCUUGGCCCUUCCAGCUUUUUACUCCUCUUUUCAUUCAUAACAAAAGCUCCAGCUCCGGGAGCCUGGUGCCAGGCUGUUUCUGAAGCCAAGAGUGGAAGAAUGGGGUUCCUUUGGACCGGCACUUGGAUUCUGGUGUUGGUGCUCCACAGCACCCUAAUUCAAGCUUUCCCCACACUGGGAGGCAGCCAAGACAAAUCUCUACAUAAUAGAGAAUUAAGUGCAGAAAGACCUUUGAAUGAACAGAUUGCUGAAGCAGAGGCAGACAAGAUUAAAAAAACGUACCCUCCAGAAAACAAGCCAGGUGAUAGCAAUUACUCUUUUGUUGAUAACUUGAACCUGCUAAAGGCARUAACAGAAAAGGAAAAGACUGAGAAAGAAAGACAAUCUGUAAGAAGUUCCUCAUUUGAUAACAAAUUGAAUGUGGAAGAUGUUGAUUCAACCAAGAAUCGAAAAUUGAUUGAUGAUUAUGAUUCUACUAAGAGCGGAUUGGAUCAUAAAUUUCAAGAUGAUCCAGAUGGCCUUCAUCAACUAGAUGGAACUCCUUUAACGGCUGAAGACAUUGUCCAUAAGAUUGCUACCAGGAUUUAUGAGGAAAAUGACAGAGGAGUAUUUGACAAGAUUGUUUCUAAACUGCUGAAUCUGGGCCUGAUCACAGAAAGCCAGGCACACACACUGGAAGAUGAAGUCGCAGAGGCUUUACAAAAAUUAAUUUCAAAGGAAGCCAACAAUUAUGAGGAGGAGCUUAAUAAAUCCACCAGCAGGACUGAGAAUCAGGCUGGAAAAAUACCAGAGAAAGUGACUCCAAUGGCAGCAAUUCAGGAUGGUUUUAAUAAUGGAGAAAAUGAUGAAACAGUGUCUAACACCUUAACCUUGACAAAUGGCUUGGAAAGGAGAACUAAAACCUAUGGAGAAGACAACUUUGAGGAACUCCAGUAUUUCCCCAACUUCUAUGCACUACUGAAAAGUAUUGAUUCAGAAAAAGAAGCAAAAGAGAAAGAAACACUAAUUACUAUCAUGAAGACAUUGAUUGACUUUGUGAAGAUGAUGGUCAAGUAUGGCACAAUUUCUCCGGAAGAAGGUGUUUCCUACCUUGAAAACUUGGAUGAAACAAUUGCUCUUCAGACCAAGAACAAGCUAGAAAAAAAUGCUACUGACAAUAAAAGCAAGCUUUUUCCAGUGCCAUCAGAGAAGAGCCAUGAAGAAACAGACAGUACCAAGGAGGAAGCCGCUAAGAUGGAAAAGGAAUAUGGAACUUUGAAGGAUUCCACAAAAGAUGACAGCCCCAACCCAGGAGGAAAGACAGAUGAACCAAAAGGGAAAACAGAAGCCUAUUUGGAAGCCAUUAGAAAAAAUAUUGAAUGGUUGAAGAAACACGACAAAAAAGGAAAUAAAGAAGACUAUGACCUUUCGAAGAUGAGGGACUUCAUCAACCAACAAGCUGACGCUUAUGUGGAGAAAGGCAUCCUUGAUAAAGAAGAAGCUGAUGCCAUCAAGCGCAUCUACAGCAGCCUGUGAAAAUGGCAAAAGAUCCAGGAGUCUUUUGACUGUUCCAGAAAACAUAAUGUAGCUUAAAACACUUCUAAUUCUGUGAUUAAUUUUUUUUUACCCAAGAAUUAUUAGAAAGUGCUGAGUUUACAGUAGUUAACCUUUUAGAAAUGGAUAAAACAUAGCUUUCUUGCCACAAAAACUAUCUGAAAAGUAAAAUUGUAUGUAAGCUGA